GGAACUACGCUGAUCGGAUUGGUGCUGGUGCUCCGGUGUAUCUUGCAGCAGUGCUAGAAUACUUAGCUGCUGAAGUUUUGCAACUGGCUGGAAAUGCGGCACGCGACAACAAUAAGAGCCGAAUCAAUCCCCGACAUUUGCAAUUAGCUAUACGGAACGACGAUGAACUGAGUGUGCUUCUUUCCGAU